AUCACGGGAGUGAAGGCUGAACAUUAACCGGCAGGUAAAGCCUGCAUGACAAACAACCUGCUUUAGUUUACCGAACGAAGAACAUGGCAGGACGUUCUGUGAGGAGUCUGGGACUAGUUCUGCAAAGCUCCAGGAGGUUUUCAGAAAGCGGCGACAACGGCUGGUUCAGAUCCUUAUUUGUGCACAAAGUCGAAGCCAGGAAAGACGCUCACUCCAACCUGCUGUCAAAGAAGGAGACCAGCAACCUGUACAAAAUUCAGUUUCACAACGUCAAACCGGAGUGCCUGGAUGCAUACAACAGCCUGGAGGCUGAAGUGCAAAGCAGGCUCCAUCAGGACCUGGAUUAUCCAUGUGAAGUGGUUGGAAGCUGGAAUACCUGGUAUGGAGAGCAGGAUCAAGCUGUGCAUCUGUGGAGGUACAGAGGAGGUUAUCCAGCUCUGACUGAGUGCCUGCAGAAACUGAGAGCCAGCAAGGAGUAUUUGGAGUUUCGGAAAGAGAGGGCAAAAAUGUUGUUAUCAAGAAAAAACCAGCUUCUUCUGGAGUUCAGUUUCUGGAACGAACCUCAACCCCGACGAGGACCAAACAUCUACGAGCUGCGCACCUAUAACCUCAAGUGCCUUUGGUCAGAAGCAUGAUGUCAAGACUGAUGAUUCCCACAGAGUGUUCACCUUUACAAUGAGAGGACGACUCAAACCACAAACACAUCAACAAGCAAAACUGUGGACAUGUUUGUUCUCACUGACUGUAAAGUUGUUGGUUUUUAUAUUUCUGCUGGAUGAACUGUGUUUUAUCUCCUUUUAUAUUUUCACUCCAGGCAUUACAAGUAAUGAUACGCUGUGUGUUUUAUGACUGAAAAUGAUUGUCUUACAUUUUCAGACUUUUAGGUCAAAUGUGUGGAGACAAAAAUACAAAUAGAGAAAUGCAGAUUGUGGGUAUUAUUAUGUAUUUACAACAUGGCUGUGCAGAAUUGAUCACACCUAGCUCAGCUUCACCGCAGGGAGCAUAAAAGGAACUCAUAAGGGAAACACAUUCCUUAUCAUUAGUACCCCACAUUGAUCAAAUGUUUGACAGUUUGACUGAUAAAAGUUUGCAAUAAGAGUAGUGAACAGCUUACUGGAAGCAAAACUGACAUCUGUGGAAUGUAGUUCUCACGAUUUUCAAAAUAAAGGUUGUCUUAUGCACCACUGUGGACGUUGAAAUAUUUACUAUAUUUACUGCAGCUCUGGAAAGAAUUAAGAGACCGACGUCUGCAUAGUUUCCCUGUAUUUGGUGGAAAGCAGUCCACCAAAUAUUGAUUUCUCUUUCUGAGUUAAAACAUUAGUAUUGUUGUUUCUAAAUGAAUAUGAACUUGUUUUCUGUGCAUCGUUUGAGGUCUGAGAAAACUGCAUUUUUGUUGUCAUUUUGACCAUUUCUCAUUUUCUGCAAAUAAAUACUAAAUUUUUGCUUGGAA